AUGACAACCGUACCCGUACCCGCCAAACCCGUCAGCAAAGAAACCGCGGUGUUACCCAUACCCCUCGGCCUUUUUCCUCACGGAGUCGGGCAUUCGCUCGGGAUGGACGUACACGAUGUCCCGAGUGCAAGUAAACCAGUCAACAACACGACUAUUCCACAAAGACAACGUCGAACACCCCAAUUUUACACGUACUUGCGGCUCCGGUUGCCCCUCGCAGAGGGCAUGGUUGUGACUAUUGAGCUGGUGAUCUACUUCCAUGAACAUCUACUCGAAGUUAUAGAGGAGUCCGAUGAAUAUGCGGUAUCCGCAUCGAAGAUUCAAAUGGGUGCGAGAAACCUCACUAAGGUUAGGAGUGAUAUGGAAUGGCUGAAAGUUUCUAGAGAUUCCAUGCUUUUAUUGGGUGACUCAGAUUUCCGCGACGACUCCAAUAUUGUCCAUGCUACUCACCACUCCGAGUCGUGCUUCUUCGAUUCAUCCAUGAGGCAAGAUGGCUUCGAGCCGUUCAUCCAGUAUGGUACUGGCUCCAUGGACGACUCCGUCUCCUAA